AUGGAUGUGGUAGCAACAUUGGCAUCACAAAGAGCAGUGGUGAUAUUCAGCAAGAGUACUUGUUGUAUGUCUCAUGCAAUUAAGCGGUUGUUUUACGAGCAAGGCGUGAGCCCAGCGAUUGUAGAGAUCGAUCAGGACAUGUACGGCAAAGAUAUCGAGUGGGCCUUGGCCCGGUUAGGUUGCAGCCCUGCUGUUCCGGCUGUUUUUGUCGGAGGGAAAUUCGUAGGAACGGCCAACACUGUCAUGACUCUUCAUCUCAAUGGGUCAUUGAAAAGGCUGCUCAAGGAAGCUGGUGCUUUGUGGCUAUAG